AUGUUGUUCGCAAAGAUCUUGGCCCUUGCUGGUCUCAGUGCUGCUGCCACUGUCGAGACUAGCAAUGUCAAAGGCAAGGCUUUUGAUCGUUUUGUUGUCAUUUACUUUGAGAACCAAAACUAUGAAAAGUCGAUUGGCGAUCCCAACUUCAAGUGGCUGACCAAGAAGGGCAUUACGCUGUCCAACUACUUUGCCGCCACGCAUCCGUCCCAGCCCAACUAUAUGGCCAGCGUAGCGGGUGAUUACUUUGGUCUUGAUGACGACCGCGUUAUUGACUCCCCUUCCGAGGUCGCCACAGUCGUUGACCUGCUUGAAUCCAAGGACAUCUCAUGGGCGCACUAUCAGGAAGACAUGCCGUACACUGGGUUCGAGGGCGGUUCAUACAAGAACAGCCGGGGCCGCAACGACUACGUCCGCAAGCACAACCCUGCUAUCAUGCACAAGAGUGUCACCGACUCGGGCGACAGACUAGGUCGCGUGAAGAACAUGUCGAACAUUGACACGGGACGCUCUGAGUUCCACAAGGACCUCAAGAACAACGCUCUUCCCCAGUGGAUGUUCAUCACCCCCAACAUGACCUCUGACGGCCACGACUCGAGUGUCACAACGGCCGGCAAGUGGUGCCGCUUCUUCCUCGAGCCCCUCCUGACGGACCCCAACUUUAUGCAAAACACUCUUGUGCUCGUGACAUGGGAUGAGUCGGAGACGUACUCGCGCAGAAACAACAUUCUGGGCAUCCUCCUCGGCGACGCCGUCCCGCAGCAGCUGGUCGGCACAACGGACAACAGCUUCUACAACCACUAUUCUGAAAUCUCGACCGUCUCCGCCAACUGGGACCUUCCUACGCUCGGCCGCUGGGACGUCGGCGCCAACGUGUACAAGAUGGUGGCUGACAAGACGGGCGAUACGAUUCGCAAGUGGGACAGCGACAAGGAGUUCCGGAGUUACUACUGGAACAAGUGCUACGGCGGUUACCUCAACUCCGAAUCGACCGACAUGCCGAUCCCCAAGCCCAACCUGGACCUGGACCAGAACACGUUCAACGGCCGCCGCAUCCUGCAGUCAGUCAAGGACACCUGGGCCGAUAGCGACGCACCCACGUAUUACACAGACUCUCUCAAGGUUGCGGACUCGCAGCACCCUCCCAAGGGCUACGAGCCGUAG